AUGUCAGACAAACUCAAGGAACGCAAAAGAACCCCCGUUUCUCAUAAAGUGAUAGAAAAACGACGAAGAGACCGGAUCAACCGCUGCUUGAACGAGCUGGGCAAGACGGUACCCAUGGCCCUGGCAAAACAGAGCUCGGGGAAGCUGGAGAAGGCGGAGAUCCUGGAGAUGACCGUUCAGUACCUGAGAGCCCUGCACUCUGCUGACUUUCCCCGGGGAAGGGAAAAAGCAGAACUUCUCGCGGAGUUUGCCAACUACUUCCACUACGGCUACCAUGAGUGCAUGAAAAACCUGGUGCAUUACCUCACCACCGUGGAGCGCAUGGAGACCAAGGACACCAAGUACGCGCGCAUCCUCGCCUUCUUGCAGUCCAAGGCCCGCCUGGGCGCUGAGCCCACCUUCCCGUCGCUGGGUUCGCUCCCGGAGCCGGAUUUCUCCUAUCAGCUGCACCCGGCGGGGCCGGACUUCACCGGCCACGGCACCAGCGAGGCCGCUGUGUUCCCGCAGGGCGCUGCCCCGGGACCUUUCCCCUGGCCCCACGGCGCAGCCCGCAGCCCGGCACUGCCCUACCUGCCCAGCGCUCUGGUACCUCUGGCGAGCCCGGCGCAGCAGCACAGCCCCUUCCUGGCCCCGGUGCAGGGCCUGGACCGGCAUUAUCUCAACCUGAUCAGCCACGCCCACCCCAACGCCCUCAACCUGCACACGCCCCAGCACCCGCCGGUGCUCUGACGCGCCCUCGCCAGCCAGAUUUCUCUGCGCUUUGGGCACUGCUUAUAAGAAGUAUGUACAUACUGUACAGGUGUAAAUACUGUCCCAACAGAAAACCGGAAGAAAGGUCGAGAGCCAAUUAGUCUUCCAAAUGAUUUC